AUUCAUUUAUUUUUUAUUCAAAAUACUGAUUUUCAUUAAUUUUGGACUUCAUCUUCCUAUUUUUCAAUAGAUAGCGCUUUUGAAAAAUGCUGGUUCGUGUGUCGGUUUCCCUCUCCAAUCAGUUUUUUGUGCUUAAACCGGGUCGAAGUGCGGAGCUUGGUGGAAACUUCAAUUUGGGUUUUUAUUUCUUAACGAAAAAAAUAUUUAUAACUGUUAUAACAACAGUUUCUGUUAUAACAGCAAAUAUGACUGAUGCACAGAUUGAUGAUGCUGUUUGGAACGAUCUAGCGAACAUUCCAGCGGAUCCACCAAAAAUGCGAGAACUCUGUAACAACUGCAGACGACCAAUACCGGUUUGCUGGUGCUCCGCCCUCCCCAGUAAACCGUUGAAUCCUAAAAGCCGUAUAGUGUUAUUGCAACAUCCUGCAGAGGAAAAGCGAGCUCUACGAACCGCUCCGAUGCUUUCAAUAGGGUUAGCCGCAGGAAAGUGCCUUAUUUACAAAGGUAAAAAGUUCCCAAGAUGCGACCCCGAACUGGAGUCCAUUCUCACCGACAAGAAGUCACUGCUUCUUUACCCCAGCGCUCGUUCUAUUCCAAUUGAGCAACUUGACCAAUCUGCGGGUCCCUACAAUCUUAUUCUAAUUGAUGGUACCUGGCCUCAGGCAAAAGCAAUUUAUGCCAGCUCCAGUAUGCUGCAAGGGAUGCGACAGAUUAAACUGGUCAGCUCUGGCAACAGUAGCUACAUCAUCAGGACGCAACCAACAGACGGUUGUCUGAGUACUUUAGAAACUGCCAUCGAAGCACUCAGCAUUCUGGAACGAGACAACAGCUACCGGGAGCAGCUGCUGCGCCCGCUGCAUGCGCUCUGCCAAUUCCAACUCGAAAAGGGAGCCGUCACACAUCAAUCUAAGGAGUUUCUGAUUAAACAUAAUCAAUACCCCAAGCUAAUUGGACGACGACUGAACAAAUUGCUGCGGAAUGCCGAACACCUGAAAGACCCCAAUAAGGAUCACACAGAGAUAGAAGUAAAACACUGACGGUAUGUUUUUACAGGCUUUUAUUGUUAAUUUCCUCUUUAUAUAUGUGAGUCAUAACAUAAAAUAGAGAGAAUAAUGUACGAAUUUUACGUUAUAUACAUUUACUCUACGCAUUUCC